AUGCCCCCAGCCCGCCCCUGGCCCCGGCCCCGGCCCCGGCCCUGGCCGCGGCGCCGGCGCCGGCCCCGGGCGUCCCGCCUCUCUCUCGCCUUAGCCCGGCUCCGGCCGAGCUGGCGCUGGCGCUUCUGGGCGGGCCUCAGUGCCUGGGGCUGGGGCGGUAUCACCGCCCUUUGGCUCCGCCUGCUCCGAGCCCUGCCCCGGCCCUGGUCCCGGCCCUUGUCCCGGCUCCUCCCGGGGCCCGCGGAGGACACAGGCGGUGCAGCCGUUGCCGCCGCCUCCACUGCGGCUUCCCCGGCCCGAGCUCCGCCGCUCGGCAGCGCGGCCGCUGGCCCCGAGCCACCGCUGUCGCGUUGGAAUGCGCACAAGGGCCCGAAGGAGCGGUACCGAGUGGGUUCGUUGCUGGGGCGCGGCGGAUUCGGCAGCGUCUUCGCAGCCACGAGGCUCUCGGAUGGUGCCCCGAUGAGCAGCGGGGUGGCCAUCAAAAAGGUGCCGCGGGAUCGCAUCCGGCGCUGGGGCGAGCUGCCUGACGGUACACGUGCGCCCCUGGAGAUUGUGCUGAUGGACAGGGUGUCCUCUGGCUGUGCUGCAGUGAUUCAGCUCCUGGAGUGGCUUGAGCUGCCCGACAGCUUCUUGUUGGUGCUGGAGCGUCCGCAGCGGUGCCAGGACCUCUCGCAUUUGCUGGCAGAGUGGAGGUUCCUGCAGGAGGAGGAGGCGCGGGGGCUGUUUUGCCAGGUUCUGGAGGCCGUGCAGCACUGCACCAGCUGCGGGGUCAUGCACAGGGACAUCAAGCCCGAAAACAUCCUGCUGGACCUGGCCACGGGGCAAGUGAAACUCAUUGACUUUGGCUGUGGCACCUUCCUCCAAGACACAGCCUACACCCGAUUUGCAGGAACCCUCUCCUACAGCCCACCAGAGUGGUUCUACCAGCGAUGCUACCACGGCCAGGCAGCAACCAUCUGGUCCCUGGGGCUCCUGCUGUACCAGCUGGUGACAGGGAAGCACCCAUUCAGGAAGGGCCAGCAGAUCGUCUGGGGGCAGAUCUUCUUCCCGCGACGGCUCUCCCAAGAGUGCCAAGAUGUAAUUAAGAGAUGUUUGUCCAUGCAACCCUUGGACAGGCCAUCCUUAGAAGAUCUCUACCAAGAUCCUUGGAUUCAGGGUGUUCAUCUGCCCUAG